AGGCUUUCACCAAACUGAAUAGACGAACCCCGAUCCAUUAAAAUGAACGAAAGUACACACGGUUUUUCAAUAGAAAUAAGGUUCGAACUUUGAUAUAAGUUUUUCAUAAAUAACGGUUGGCGAUAUUUUUCAUGCGGUGUGUGCAGCUUGGGAAUUAAGCCACAGUUUUAAUUGGUUUUUGGGACGUCUACUUGGGAAUUGAGAAAGGUCUGCAGAUUAUGUAAACUGUGGCGUAAUCAUCGAGAAAGAUUAAAAUGUUGGGGCUAUUUCUUGUAACCCAACUCAUUUUUGCAGCACAAUCUGCAUCGUCAUGCCAGUUGCCAGAGGACCUAAGGGGCGUGUGGAUCAGCUCCGACAAGGGCUUUCUGAGAAUGGGCGAGUCAGUGAUUCACAAUUACCCCGUAACACUCCCUGGGACGAGCUCCAUAGACUUACAGUGUACAGAGAACAAUGGCACUCACUUCAUGUUUAAGUCGAGUCAAGAUAUUGACGUGUUUUCAAUCAAAGUCAGCGUGUAUACCUGCAUGAGCUUCGUUCAAGUGACACAAAAUAAUUACAUAUACUAUAUCGGGACACCUGUAGAUCCGAUGGUCGGAGAGCGAGUCUUUGCCAAUUCUAAUGAAUUAAACGUUACCAUGACUGACGUCUGCACUGCUCUAAAUACCGAGAACAAUAUGUAUAGCUUAAUUAAAAACGUUUCAAGUGAGGCCAUUGUUAAGACCAAUUGUCCGAGCAUACUGAGGAACUCAUUUGCAAGUCUAACAGUAGAAGAAAAUGGGGUUCAAAACGCUUGUGGAAAUGGCGUAAUCAACGGAUGCUUCGGAAGCACAGAGGUUGUGAUAUCAACAAGGCUGUCUUGUCAUUCCAACUCGUUUAUUUCAGCUCACCUGUCUCUGACUUGCUUGUUUCACCGGAAAAUUGGAGACGUCAUAUAUCUUUACUCGUGGACAGAAGAUGUUUCUUACCAAACUACAACAACUCACGGGUUUAUUUGUAUGGAAAUAACACAAGAUGCUGAGUGGACGACAUUUCGAUUGUUUAAUGAUACAUGUAGUGACGUAUCCCCGUCUCUCAACUUCCUCACUCUGAAAUCCAAUCUGACCACCGAUACGUGUCAACCAACCACACAAGCCCCUCCACCAAAUAGGAACACAAACCAUGCAAAUCGUCCCAAAAUGAAGGCAUCAACCAACUGGGUUAUCUACUUUGCCAUCGUGGUCUGCAUCAUUAUCAUCAUGGGAUUUAUAUUCAUUAUUAUCAAGUUCUUCCGAAAACAAAUGUGCGAUUUCUUUGGGAAGAAACCUCCACCCCAAGAGCGAGCAGUGUCUUUCACAAACAUUGAAGCAAAGUCGACGGAAACGUUAGACACCCAAACUUGAUUUCCUUUCAGAGCUUUGACAUGAUUUAGUCUUCUCAAACACGAAAAGGUGGAUAACUCAACUAUCUACAAUCAGUUUUAUAAAUAGUCUAGUGAAAAAGUAUACAAUUUUCUUAUUUAAAGAAAGACACGAUAUGAUAAACUUACUACUGACUGUAACAAAAGUUCUUUUGAAUGUCCAUAGAAAAUAAUUUAUAUUUCAAAUGUAGAUAUAUGUAUACAUAUUUGUAAAUUAUAUCACCUUUAUAAUUACUGUUACAAAGGGAUUUGAUAAAUUAUUGUAAUUCAUUUCAAUGGCAAGAUUCUGUAUCGCAAGAUUUGAACUACGUUGCAUUUUAAUUUUACUCCAAAAUUCGGAUGCUUUAGAGUAAAAUCUCGUUGAAACCACCACAAUGACUACUGAUCGGCUUCAUGUCUUUUACACAACUUCAUAUAAAAAUAUCUUGAUUUACAUCAUUUAAAAAGCGCAUUGUAGAUUAAAAUGGCAACUUUCUAAAUGCACAAUAAAACUAGUCAUUUUAUAGUC